AUGAAUCAGGGAGGGGCUUCAGAAUCUGCUGGUGAAAGAAACAUGAGGCUUGGAGAAAUCUCCAGGAUUAGGGACUCUGUUGCUUUCUCAGAUGCCCUUCCUAGGCCCACACUCUGGGCCAUCCCAAGUCCUGUGGUCCGCGGGGCAGCAGAUGUGACCCUUAGGUGCCAGGGUCACCUGGGGAGUGACCAAUUCCAGCUCUGGAAGGAUGGAGAGCUCAGAGAGGAGAGAAAUGCAACCUGGCAGAAGGCAGAGUUCGUGCUCAGGAAUGUGGAUGAAUGUAGAGAUGCGAGAAGCUACAGCUGCCGCUCUGGGCAGGGAUCCUGGUGGUCAGAGCUCAGUGAAGGCCUGGCCAUGGUGGUGACAGAUGAGGGGCUGCUGGUCUACAACCAUCCCUGGUGGCACCUGACAAAGCCUUCCUGGGCCCACAACAUUUUUCUGAAGGUGACCCAGGAGCCCAGUUAUCCAGCCGUGAACAGGCCGACAGACCUGGGAGCCCUCCCCAAACCCUCCAUUUCAGCCUCACAUGACUCCACAAUAUUCCCAGGGGCAACAGUGACCAUCUGGUGCCAGAUGUCAUCACAGGCUCCUCCUCAGGACUACAGUUGUGCCCUGCUGGAGGCAAAGAGCCUGGAGCCCUUGCAGCAACACAGCCCAGCAGGGACUUGGGCUGUUUUCUCACUUCUGUCUGUGAGGCCUGAGGACACUGGGAGCUACAGCUGCAUUUACUACAAGAAGAAAGCCCCCUUCAGUGGGUCCCAUCCCAGCCAGGCUGUGAAGCUGACUGUGCUUGGACAACUCCCCAGGCCCACUCUGUGGGCCCAACCUGGCCUCAGGGUGGCCCCAGGGGCCAACAUCACUCUCUGGUGUUCAAGGCCCAAGCUGUCUUCCCUUGAAGAAGUGACUUUCACUCUGUGGAAGGCUGGGACCCUGUGGCCCUUACAGCAGCAGGCCUCAACAGAUCUCUGGACUAGCUUCCUGCUCCCAUCUGUGAGACCUGAGAACACUGGGAGCUACAGCUGUUCUUACAGGGACAGGAGAGCAUAUGCUAGAGGAUCAAAGCCCACUAAGGUCCUGGAGCUGGUGGUGACAGAUUCUCUCCCCAAGCCUUCCCUCUCAGCCUGGCCUGGCCCAGAGGUGGCCUCAGGAGCCAACGUGACCCUCCUGUGCCAGGGGCCCUCGUGGAGUGGUAGCUUGGUUCUGCACAAGGAUGGAGAUGAGAAAAUGUUGCCAAGCACUCAAGAUGGGGCCAAGUUCUUCCUGACCCACGUGACCCCCCAGCACUCUGGCAAUUAUAGCUGCAGCUACCAGCUUCCCACCAAUGGAAGGCUCUGGACAGAACACAGUGAGCCCCUGCAGCUUAGAGUGACAGGUUCACAGCCCAGUGACACCCUCAUUAUCAUCCUCAGCUGUGUUUCCUCCCUCCUCCUCCUCCUCUGCCUUCUCUUGCUGGCACUCCUCUGCCAAGGAUCCAUCCGUGUGGGGUCUUCACAAGGAGAGAGCCCUAGGAGGUGUCUUUCUUUUCCUUGCCUUUCUUGGACUACCUGCCUGCCCCAUCAGCCUGAGGGCCCCAGAGAGGAGACCCUGUAUACAGAAGUGGCCAAGAAGAGACCAAGAGAACGAUUGGUCACCAAAGCUGAAGACCCCCAGGGAAUGACCUAUACUCAGCUGAACAUUAGAACCUUGAAUGAGAGGAAAACUGACCGCAUGAAGACACCGACAGAGCCCAUCAUCUAUUCCACUGUGCCCAGGGACUGAGGGUUUGGGCACCUUUCACAGAAGAAAUUCUCUCCCGUCCUCUCCUCCCCCAUCUUCUCUUCUCCCAUCUGCUCUCCUCUCCCUCACCCCUAUUUCAUUUGUUUUGUGAGUACAUCUUCCCCAGGUUUCUAUCAUUGAGGAGCCAUGAUGUUUAUUGGGGUUAUCCAUUUCUAGAUUUGUGCACAGCAAGUACAGCCAUCUAUGAUAACGAGAAACAUACAAGACAUAUCUGGAGUAGAAGUUGGCCAGUCAUCUCAAAGGGGAAGUUAUUAGCAUUUGUGCAGAUCAGGAAAUGUCUUCUGAACUAGACUGGAUUGGAGCUGAGUUUUAAAGGAACCCAGGCAAACGAAGAGGCAGAUUGGAGGAAAGAUGACAUUCCAGGCAUGGGGACAGCCACCACCGAAGCAUGGAGUUAGGACACUGUUGUGGACAGGGGCAAAAAAAUUGUCUUUUGUAGAUGUUUCAUAAAGUGGAGUGAAAUGACGUGUAAGGAGAUUGGAAAAGGAGGAAACUGCUGAGGCUCACCCCCGCACUGCCAUCCUCCCCUCAUCACUCACACUCCUCUCGUGUAUCCAGUCUGGUGCAGGUCUAUGUUUUCCAUCUCUGUAACAUCUCUUGGACAUGUCCCUUUCUCUCCAAUCACACAGCUACUACCCUGGAGCUCAACUCACACGUGGUCUAUUGCAAUCGCCUGCUGGUGGAUCUGCCUGCCACCAGUCUCUCUCACUCCAGUCCAUCAUCCACUCAGCCAUCAAAUUGAUGAUUCUGAAGUGCAGGACUGACUAUGUCAGUCGCCUAGUCAGACACCUAGUCAAUAAAUCCUAUAAACGCUAGGAUUAAAUGUGAAAUCCUCUGUCAUUCCAAGCCCUUCAUAACCUCCCCCAUGACCUUUUAACUCUUCUUACACCUUAUAUCCUCUCACUUGCUCAUGGUACAGGUGCCCUUUGGAUCCUUUAUUGAUAUUCAUGGAGUUCAGUCCCAC